AACCACGCGACAACGAAGCGCGGGUGAAAAUCGCGAGUUUUGUGUGGUUCUCCGUUACCACUAAGAAGUUAAUUUUUGUUGUCUGUGCAAUUGUCUGUGUUAGUUUCUGUUAUCUGUGCGAUCAAUAUGGAGUAAGGUACGCCUGUGGUGUAACGAACGAGAUUUAGGACUCCGCCAGAAACAUUUAUAUUAUUGAACAAAAAUGUCUACAACAUUGAAAAAAUUAGCAAUAAAAGGAAAACAAUACGAGCUUUAUCUAAAAUGUUUACUAUAACUGAACAUGAAAAUGACGACAGCUGGUUAACAAUGACAAAAUAACUUGGUCAGAAGCUCACUGUUCACGUAAUACAAGAGUUUGACAAAAGAUGGCGUUAGUGGUACUUCUUAUCAUAGCAACCUUUGCAAGUAGUUCUGCAGUGAGUGGAGAGAUGGCGUUGGCAAAUAUAACAAGAUUUGCCACUGGCGAUUUAUUUUCUCUAGUUGGAACAGACUGUGGCUUGACUCGGUGCAUGGAGGUGUCUCAUGGAACUGCUUUGGCCGCCAUGGCGAGCGGAGACGGAUGCGGUUGCCAUUGCAGGAAGGAAACGCCUGCCUUCAGGGAGGAUCGCAGGAUAUGCGUCAAUAAUAUUGACGAAUGUCCGAUGGCAAGUUUUGGUCGAGGAGCGACGAAGCCGCAAAUACCUUUCGUCUUCCUACCUCUGAAAGGGCAGAUCAUUUACCCUUCCAAGGAAAUCAUUUUCACUGAUGUAGAAGAUGCCAUCUGCGCUGUGACCAGUGCACAGUACCUGUCCCCAUCAGGCUGGGUGACUCUUAGAGAUCUAGUCGACAACGAUGUACCUUUCGGACUUUACCGUGACGAAGGCAGCACUUAUUUGCAGUGGCGAGGUUCUCCGAGUCUUCACACGCGACUCGAAGGGCGUCUUGUGGCAGUCCACGUUUUGUGCUCAGCCCCAAAACCUGCGCAUCUUGCGGCUUCGUGUGCCGCUUUCCGUAUUGCUGGAAUAACUCGCCAAACUUUACUAGAUGUUAGGUCGAUACCAUUUCAUGCUGGAGAAACCGUCACAACCGAGCCAGCCGCUCAAAGUCAGGGUCUCAGCGUUCUGGAGUCUCUUGCUAUUGGCGUCUGCGUCUUGAUGAUUGUCUUCGUGUACGCAGCUGGCAUUAUCUUCUACAUUCACUAUAAACAAAAACAGAGAAGAAAAACAAAAGACCCAGAGUUGAAUCAUUCUCACACCAGUCAAUCAACAGACAAUGUAUCUACGAUUGAUUCACGUCUGGGCAUGGAUAGUAUGAGAAUGAAAACUAAUCCAUUAAUGUCUUUGGAAAGUGCAAGAAGUGAUUACACAAAUGAUGCAGGCUUAUCCGAUGUUAGUGAGCAUACCGAAGAUACAUUUGAUUCUUCAUCUGUUAAUACACAACCGUUUCAGGAUCGAAGUUCUAAUAUCAUAUCUGCUUUAGUACAUACGAGACGUAAAAAGCCACCUAGACCAUCUAUUAGAAGCAAUUCAACACCAGAGCGAGUUAAUGAACGAAUUCAAAGACGUUCUGCUUCACCGGAAAUCGAAAAAGCUCCACAUUCAGAUUUAUCAAUACUUCACUGUAGCAUAGAAAACAAUGAAUCGGAGAAUUUACCACCCCCAUCUGAAGGGGAACCUGUUAUAAGAAGAAAAUUAUAUUUUAAUCCAGUGUUCUUUGAAAUAGAACAUUUAAAGAGCCCUCCACCAGCAGCAAUCGAUUUUUUAGUAAAAUUAAGAGAAGUUAUGUCUAUUGCCAAAGAAAAGAUGAUAUCAAAAAGAUUUAUCCCUCUACUAUCAGAUAUACCAGAAGAAGAAUCCUAUCAUACAGUAGAUCUUGGUUGGGAUAUUCCCUGCGCAAGAAGGGGUAGAAGAUUUAGUGCUAUAAGUUUAAAGCGUGAAAAUAGCCGGCGCACAGUCUUAUGCGGAGGUUGUCCAGGUUGUAACAGUAAUGAGCGAGCAAAGAAAAAUGCUAGUUUGAUAAGAUCUAAUUCUUGUAAAACUUGUGUAAGUGAUGACUAUAAGCAGAAAAUAGUUCAAAAAUGGUUAGAUGAGGUUCCUGCGCCUGCUAAUGCUAAUGCUUCUAGACCUGUUAAAUCAAUAGCCAAAGUCAGUGGAACACCAAGAGUUAUCGAACCUAAAGAAAAAGAAGAAAUAAGAAUCAAUUUAGUCGAACCAGUGCAGAAUGAAAGUUCACAGACUGUUCAAAUUACUGAGUCGAUAAUGACUAAAUUGAUUAAAGACGUGAAUUUAAAAAAGGAAGAUAGUCUGGGAAACCAAAUUAUGCAGGAUUGCAGUAAUACCGAAAAUUCUUCUGUUUUAUCCACCAAAGCUAACUCUCUAGAAAGAAAAAGUACAUUAAGCCAUGGUACCCGAUUUGUCAGAAAAAAAUUGCCACCUCCACCGCCUCCUCCAAUUGAAUUUUCAGAUACAAGUGAUAUAAAGGAGCCGGUGUCUCCAGAAGUAAAAAGGAAAAUGCAGGCAGUUAUUCGGGAAUUGAAUAAAUGUCGUCGAGUUGAACCGGAUGAAUUCUAUGAUAUUCUUAAAUCACCAGCAAUGGUACCAAAAUUAGUAAUACCGGUCAUUGCCGCAGAUUCAGUUUAUUUCAGUGAUGAUAAUAAAUUUUCUGGGAGUCGUAAAAAUGAUGCAGAUAGUGAAAACAAUGAACAGUUUGAUAGCUUGGAAAGAAAAAUACCGAAAAAGAGAAGAUUUUCUUUAGAUUAUGCAGCGCAAUCAAAUAAAAAAGAAAUGUUGAGCUUACAAAAUACAAGUAUAACUCGCGAUAGGCGAACACGAAGUUGGCGUGAUUUGAAAAAUAAUCAAACUGAAAAUGGUGUGGCUCAGCAAGCAAUAACAUUUAAUUGUGAUAGUAGAAAAAAAUAUAACACUAAUAAUAUAUUCAUAAAUUCCGUACAACCUAUAUACAAUAACGUCGAAAAUCCUGGUCCUUUGACAAUCGAAGUUCGAGGAUCUCCCGUUAGCAACAGACAAAAAAUUAAAGAUGAUUUUGAUCCUGAUACUCUUGACAGAAAACCUAAGAAGUCAAUUGAAGAUAUGGAUACUAAAAAAUGUGUCGACAAAAUAUUAUUGAAAUCUGGUGGAAGUUUUAAAUACAAGCUUGUAGUACCUGAAACUCAGCAUAAAAUAAAUCCAACCGAAGAAGCAUUUACGAGAAAAAUAGGUAGCUUGAGGCAAAUUUAUGAAGCUAGAACCAAAGCUCAAAAUGACGUACGUUUUUAUGAAAGACGCGGUAGCGUACCUUACGGCACACAAGAGUUGGCUGCUUAUGUUAAAAAUUUAGAACAACCUAGAAAUCUAGAAAACCAGUUUGGACCCAAGCCACCUAUGCCACCAAAACAAAAACGUUGCCCAGAGUUAUAUACUAAAGGAAAUACACCCAGAAACAGUCCUCCAAGUGAUCGAUAUCGUUCAUCCGAAGAGAGAGAUAGAUUUCCACCUCAUUCAAGGAGUGACGACAGAAGAAGUGAUUUAAAUGCAAGACGCUCUGGCAGACGUUCAGCUAGAACAAGACCCAGACGAGUCGAUAUAAGGAAACUAUGUCGUACAGAGGAUUCUGGUUAUUUAAGCACAGACUCAAAUGAGUCAAAACGAAGAGCUAGGUAUUUGAUGCAGUUGAAACCAAAACUACCUCUUCCAGAACCAGUUCUGAAAAUGCCUGUGAGUAAAGUGAAUAAUUUACAUAUAGACACAGACACAGAUGACUUAGAGUCACUGUGUGAUGGACGAAGUGAAUCUGGAGGUGAGAGUGUAGAGACUGAUUCAGUAUUCUUCGGUAAUUUUAAAGACUCAAAGCAUAUUUUUGAGGAACUAGGUUAUGGGCCGCGCAAUAAGUUAGGUCGCAAUCAAGAGCAAGAAGAUUCAGGAUUUGCUGGUGAAACCAAUAUAAUUCUAAGCGGAGAUAGUGACUCUGAACAUAAAAGUGUUAUUUCUAUUGUAACCGGACGUGAUGGGAGAGCUUCGGCUGCUUCUAUUUCAAAUAGAGAUGACUCGCCAUAUAUACAAUCUGUGGAAUGUUAGAACAUAAUUAUAAUUGAAAUUUUAAAAGCCAAACAAUGAAUGUGUAUUUAGUUGGUAGAUAGUAAUAAGUUUGUUGCUAAAGCAAAUUAAGGAAUGUACAUUGAAUUUAUUAUAAUCUGUAAACUUUACGAUAGGUGCCACCGAAUUUUACCUCAUGGUAUAGAUGUUUGUUUUUUUUUUUGCACUUUUAAAUUGUUGCAGUAAAUAAACAAUAAAAUUAGCAAACAUUUUUUUGGACAUAUUUGGUUAAUUCCACUAGACAACUUGGGCAGAUCUUUCAACUGUCAAAAUGGCUUUAAAUAAGAAAAAAAAAGUGUAUAAAAGUAAAGCGAUGGAUGUUAUACGUAUAUUAUUGGAGUUAGAGAGUGAACAACAAGCACAUGUGUACUUCCAAAUCGCUAAAUGCAUUAAAAGGUCAAACAUAAGUUGGAGUGAGAAUACAAAAAAUUCUGAUUAGAGGAGCACUGCGUGGGGCAUUCUUUAAUUAGAAUGAAAUCCCUCGACAUCGCAGUCAGUUUGUCUAUGGUCGGUUUUAAUCUCUUUUCAGGAAUGAAACUCUUUAGUUCAAAUUAUAUGUUAUUUUCGGUUACGAUCUUUUAAUGUUUAUUCUUAAAUUCUGCCUCUAUAAUUUAUUUAUGCAUUAAAUUACCUUUAGUUUUAAAUUAUUAUUUGGUUUGCUGUAAAUAUCAAUUCGUGUUUAUGCAACAGUAUCCGUCAUUAUAUAGAAUCAGAAUUUAUUUAUUUUCUUGCAUGGAAUGUUGGCUUAUCUUUUGUUACCUAAAUUAUUAACUUUGGAUUUUUUUGAAUUAAUAAAUGUAAGUAUGACAUUAUGUAAAUAGCAAUGUAAAUAAUAGAUAUGUCGCUAGGUUGUUACGAAUGCCAUUUUUGUAUGUAUAUAUUAGUAUCGGCCGGUUGUGCAAUUAAUUCAUUGUAAAUAUAGAUUUAUGUAAAGAGGCUAAUUUGUUGAAAUUGUGUAAAAAGUUUAUUUGUGAAAAUUCAUAACGAACAUAAGAUAUUUUUGCUAUGGAUUGUUUUUUACAAAACCUGAUUAUGGAUGGUUAUGGAUGUAUGGUUUUUUUACAGAAACAAACGAACGAGAUCAAUCAUUUUUGUAAAUAAUGUCCUAAAGAUUUAGAAACUUAGAAUUAACUAAGUCUGUCUGUAAGAAUUUAAUUAAGAUAGUCAGUGUAGGUAGAAGAGUGUUAGUUACAUAAAUAUUUCUAUUCAAUGUUUACCUAAUAAACUGAAAUUUGUA